GUUUAUGAACACUGGAACGUGGGAAAACAGCUUGCUGCGCUCUCACCAGUCCCUUCCCCCUGUAUAAUCCAACCCCCGCACCCAGAAAUACCCACAGGUACCAUCGUCUCCCUCGUUUAUAAACCCCCCGACAAUCUCUCUCCCUCCCUCCCAAGUUCCUCAUCGCCCAUCGCCUCCAAACCCUUCUCCCAAAAUCCAUCCCACCUAGGAAAUCUCUCUCUCUCUCUCUCUCUCUCUCUCUCUCUCGUCCCUUCCUUCCUUCCUUCUUCUUGAUUUCCUCUCUGUUCUAUAGCUUGUGUACCAAGAGAAACAGAGGUUCGAGAAUGCGGAUGAGCUGUAACGGGUGCAGGGUGCUCCGCAAGGGCUGCAGCGAGAGCUGCAGCAUCCGGCCCUGCCUCCAGUGGAUCAAGAGCCCCGAGUCCCAGGCCCACGCCACCGUCUUCCUCGCCAAGUUCUACGGCCGCGCCGGCCUCCUCAACCUCCUCAACGCCGGCCCCGACCACCUCCGCCCUGCGAUCUUUAGGUCCUUGCUCUACGAGGCGUGCGGCCGGAUCGUGAACCCGAUAUACGGCUCCGUUGGGCUCCUGUGGUCCGGGAGCUGGCAGCUCUGCCAGGCCGCCGUCGAAGCCGUGCUCAAGGGCGUGCCCAUCACCCCGAUCGCCUCCGAGGCGGCGGCCAGCAGUCACGCCCCGCCCUCCAAGGUCUACGACAUCCGCCACGUCUCCAAGGACGAGACCGCCGCCGCCGUGGCCGAUCUCCACCGCGUCAGGGCUCGCUGCCGGUUCAAGCGAUCCUUAGCCAAGGCUAGGUCGUCGACGUCGUCCGCGUCGGCGGCGGCGGCGGCGACGGAGUUGGCGCCGGUUCAGGACGAGCCGGCGAAGUCCUCCGACGACGAGCCCAACCGGUCGACGAGCCACGAGUCGUCGCUGAGCCACCAGUCCGAGGUAAUCGCCGCGGCGGCGGCGGCCAGCGCGGAAGGCGACAGCAAGGAGACGCUGAGCGCGGUGUCCGAGGAGACUGCCGAGCCGCCGCUACUGUUCCGGGCCGCCGAGCGGGAGCCGGACUUGGCCGAUCGCCGGCCGGGCGGGGCUGAGGAGAUCGGGCUGGAGCUGACCCUGGGGUUUGAGCCGGUGGCACGUGCCAAUCACGUGGUCCCGGUGAAGAAGAGGAGGUUCGAGGAUUGCGGAGCGAGCUCUAAGAUGGAGUUGGGCCUGGACUGCUCGGCCCAUUUAGGCGGAAGCCCAAAAUCAAUCCUUUGAAGUCAGCAGCGUGCAGUUUUGACUCUGGACGGCUCUCUGUUAAUUAACUGAGUUCCCUUUCUUUUUCUUUUUCUUUUUCCUCAUUUUUUUUUUCUUUUUUCUCUUUUUAUUUUCGCCUCCCUUUUUUUGGGGGGUGAAUUUUAGCUGUUGAGAAAUGAGAUGUACAAAAUGCAAGUGUCUUUCAGAUGAGUAAAAGAAAGAUGGAGACAAUACUUUUUCCA